AGGGGGGUUGGGCAGAGUUUUGGGGUGGAGUUGAGGAAUGCCACAUUGUGUUGUGCCUUUUGUUCCCGUCACUUUGUGCGCUUUCAGAUGGUUCUGACUGCAAACAAUCACCACCCUCCCAGCUCUCGCAGGUACAAUAAGAAGGGCAGCUAACAGAAAACAGGAAGCACCACCUCAGCACUCUGUGGCAGGAGAAAACGACCCAUUGCUCAGAGGGAGGAGUUGUGUAGUGCUCCUUAUUUGGUGAAAGAGAUCACAUGGGUUGCUGCGUCUGAACAACAGUUGUGAAGAAGUUCAGAAGUUAGAGAACUUCGAACUUUGGCAAGACAUUGGGGCGAGACUUUUGACUGAGAGAAAAAGACUCAAGAAACAAAACGCAGAGCACAUGGUGUGAGGGAAAAUGCCUACCAACUUCACAGUGGUUCCAGUGGAGGAUAGCCCUUUAUCAGACCCAGACUAUGAUGGACAGAUCCUGAAAGUAGAGGACAAGGAGGGGCCAGACACAGUGGCUGGACCCAGCUCAGGAGAUGACACCCCCAGAGAAACCAGCUCCUUAAUAAGUACAGAUCAUGAUGGGAGCAUCUAUGGAAGGAAUAUGGCCCUCUAUGAGGAUGAGAUGGACAGCACUCCGAUGGUGUCAUCUCUCCUCAACAAACUAGCCAACUACACCAACAUAACCCAGGGGGCCGUUGAGCACGAGGAGGCUGAGAGUGAGGAUGGAAUCAGGAGAGUCACCGUGAAUGGUCCUCAGAUGGGCACAUUUAUAGGUGUAUACCUGCCCUGCAUGCAGAACAUCUUAGGUGUAAUUCUGUUCCUGCGCCUCACAUGGAUAGUGGGAACAGCAGGCAUCAUUGAGGCCCUUGCGAUUGUCUUCAUGUGCUGCUCUUGUACUAUGCUGACUGCAAUUUCAAUGAGUGCCAUUGCAACUAAUGGUGUAGUGCCUGCUGGUGGCUCCUACUACAUGAUCUCCAGGGCGUUAGGUCCAGAGUUCGGAGGGGCAGUGGGUUUGUGCUUCUACCUGGGCACCACCUUUGCAGGAUCUAUGUACAUACUUGGAACCAUGGAAAUUUUCCUGACAUACAUAAUGCCCAAUGCUGAUGUGUUUGGAGCUAACCUGAAAGGCGAUAAUUUACUAACAGCAAUGCAAAAUAACAUGCGUGUUUAUGGGACCUGCUGUUUAGCUAUCAUGACCCUGGUAGUGUUUGUUGGUGUAAAAUAUGUCAACAAACUGGCCUUGGUCUUCCUGUCCUGCGUGGUGCUCUCAAUUAUGGCCGUCUACGCAGGGGUCAUUCAAACUGCCAUCAAGCCGCACAAUUUUACAAUCUGUAUGCUUGGCAACCGCCCCUUGCAAAAUAACGACUUCGACAAGUGUCUAAAGUCAGAGGUGCGGAAGCUUUUCUGUACAGGUGAUUCACUGAACGAAACAUGUGAUGAGUACUUCACCAAUAACAAUGUGACAGAGAUUCAGGCCAUUCCUGGCUUGCUCAGCGGGGUCAUAUCAGAUAACAUGUGGGGACACUAUGGCCCAAAGGAGAUGAUAGUGGAGAAGGAGGGACAGAGCUCAGAGCCAGCUUCAGAAAAAAACAGUGGCUUGUCAGGGCCUUAUGUUCUCAAUGACAUCACCACCUUCUUCACCAUUUUGGUUGGAAUAUACUUCCCUUCAGUAACAGGAAUCAUGGCUGGGUCAAACAGGUCUGGAGAUCUUAGAGACCCUCAGAGGUCCAUUCCCACUGGUACUAUUCUGGCUAUUGUAACCACCUCCUUAAUCUACAUUUCCUGUGUAGUGUUGUUUGGAGCUUGUAUUGAAGGGGUAGUGUUGAGAGACAAGUUUGGAGGCUCAGUUAAAAACAGUCUGGUAGUUGGAACAAUAGCAUGGCCAUCAAAAUGGGUGAUUGUGAUUGGCUCAUUUUUCUCCUGCUGUGGGGCGGGGCUGCAGAGCCUCACUGGUGCCCCCAGAAUCCUUCAGGCUAUCGCACGAGAUGGCAUCAUGCCUUUCUUGCAGGUGUUUGGUCAUAGUAAAGCUAAUGGUGAGCCAACCUGGGCUUUACUCCUUACUGCAGCUAUUUGUGAGAUCGGGAUCCUCAUUGCCUCCCUGGAUGCUGUUGCUCCCAUCCUUUCAAUGUUCUUCUUGAUGUGUUACCUCUUUGUCAAUCUGGCCUGUGCCGUCCAAACUCUUCUACGCACCCCAAAUUGGAGGCCAAGGUUCAAGUUCUACCACUGGUCCCUGUCCUUCCUUGGGAUGAGCCUAAGUCUCUCCCUCAUGUUUGUCUCAUCUUGGUACUAUGCCUUGGUUGUCAUUUUGAUUGCUGGAUGCAUCUACAAGUACAUAGAAUACAGAGGGGCAGAGAAGGAAUGGGGAGAUGGGAUUCGAGGAUUAUCUCUUAACGCAGCUCGUUAUGCCCUUAUAAAACUGGAGGAGGCGCCCCCUCACACCAAGAACUGGAGACCCCAGCUCCUGGUGCUCUUAAAGCUGGGCUCUGAAUUGGAGGUAAAGCAUCCUCGCCUGCUCUCCUUUACCUCACAGCUGAAGGCCGGGAGGGGCCUGACCAUCGUCUGUUCAGUGUUGGAGGGUACCUUCAUGGCACGUGGGGCUGAUGCCAAGCGCUCUGAACAGAAUAUCAAAGCAGCCAUGGCAAAGGAGAAAACAAAGGGCUUCUGCCAUGUGGUGGUGUCCUCUAACCAGCGGGACGGUUUCUCUCACCUGAUACAGUCUGCAGGUCUGGGUGGCAUGAAACACAAUGCAGUGCUGGUGGCUUGGCCCACCAACUGGAAACAGUCCGAGAGCUCCCUCUCCUGGAGGAACUUUAUUGAAACUGUUAGAGAGACAACAGCUGCCCACCAGGCCCUGCUAGUGGCGAGAAACAUCGACCAUUUUCCCACAAACCAGGAUCGGUUAGCCGAGGGUACUAUUGAUGUCUGGUGGAUUGUGCAUGAUGGUGGUCUACUCAUGCUUCUUCCUUUUCUUCUCCGUCAGCACAAGGUUUGGAGAAAGUGUAGGAUGAGGAUCUUCACAGUGGCUCAGAUGGAUGACAACAGCAUCCAGAUGAAGAAAGACCUGCAGAUGUUCUUGUAUCACCUGCGCCUCGAUGCUAAAGUGGAAGUUGUGGAAAUGCAUGCAGGUGAUAUCUCGGCCUUCACCUAUGAGAAGACCCUUGUAAUGGAGCAGCGCUCUCAGAUGCUCAAGCAGAUGCAGCUUUCUAAAACAGAGCGGGAGAGAGAGGCUCAACUGAUUCAUGACAGGAACACUAAGUCCCACGACAUGCUGAACGACAAAGCCACACCCACCUCCGACCGGGUUCAUAUGACCUGGACUAAAGAAAAGCUGGUUAGUGAGAGGAACCGGCAACGGGAAGCCAACAUGGCUGUGCGGGACAUCUUCAAUAUGAAACCAGAGUGGGAGAAUCUGAAUCAGACUAAUGUGAGAAGAAUGCACACUGCAGUGAAACUGAAUGAGGUGGUAGUCAACAAAUCCCAAGGAGCCCAACUGGUGCUGCUGAACAUGCCGGGACCACCCAAAAACAAAUGCGGAGAUGAGAACUAUAUGGAGUUCCUGGAGGUUUUGACAGAGGGAUUGGACCGGGUGCUGCUGGUUCGAGGAGGAGGCAGGGAGGUCAUCACUAUUUACUCUUAGCAACAAGCAGGGACAGAACAGACAUUGAGGAGAGUAUUUCUGUUAUGACAGGCUGUCCAUUACUGGACAGUGAUUUAGCCCAAGGCUGGAGCUUGACAGAUACUGUACAAAUGGACUCAGGACAAGCAAUGCCACAGCUGCAUGCCAGCACUGCACAUUCACAGAGGUUGGAAGAGAAUUCUUCUCCAUUGGGCUGUGAAUGUGGUCUUUAUUAAUGAUUUCAAAAGAGACGGGCCAAAAAUUAAGCUUUACAACAUAAGACUUAAAGAGAGUGGCGUCCAAUGCCUUACUGAGUCUUAACUCUUUAACUGUAAGAGACAACAACGUUUGAAUCUUUAAAGUGUUUGUAUUUACAUGUAAUUUAUAUGUAUUAAAUAUGUAGUUUCAUCUAAAACAAAGAUUUUGAAAAGGGCUAUUUGUGUAUUUGUUUGGUCUGAGUGAGAAAGUAUGUUUGUAUAAAAGGCUUUGUCUAGCCAACAUCCAGGUUUGAACUCUGUCUGCCUGCCUAUCUGUCUGCAUACAUUUUAAACUACAAUCUUUAAACUUGAAGCUUUGAAGCCUUUUUGGUUUCGUGAAGCCAAAAUCAAAGUUUGUCUUCACAAACUUUCCCAUUCUAGUUAAUACUUUAUUGGGUUUAGAUAGUUUUGUUAGAUAUUUUUAACCAUCAUUGCCAUUCUUCAUUUUAAUUCCUCUCAGAUAUGCACAUUUUGUUGAUAAAAUAUAACCAAAAACAAACUGGCUACCAUCUGGCAGAAGACUCUGGAAGACAGUUCUACUGUACAGUACAGACACUGUACACCCUGCUAUCCAGUAGAGGGUGAUGCAAUCAAACCAUUAAUAACAGUAUUUUCAUUGUGAUUUUCUGUGUUGACCUGUGGCGACUUCUCAGCUUUUAGUGCAAUUGGUCAGAAAGGAUUAUUUAAUACAUUAAUUUGAUAUUGAAUAUAGUGCUCUACCAUUGCCAUUACAAAAUUCUGAACCAUGAAAAAUUAAUGAAAGAGAUAAUUCGAUUUUAUUGUAAAUUCAAAAUAUUUGUUGUACUUGCCAAAGAUCACUGACCAUGGAAAAAUACUUUCAGGGUAUUUUUAAAAACGAAUCCCUUUCCCUUGUUGUAACAACCUAACAACAUGAUUUCUGUUUCACAUGGGGCUUUGUUUUCAUUUUAUUCCCUUAUGUGGUUUGGAAUAACUCAUUUAAACAGCUCACAGUUACAUUGCUUGUCCCUGUGCACACCACAAAAAACAUCUGUUUGUUGUCACUGUAGCAAGACGGUCUUCUUAAGCUCUCCUGAGCUGUCCUUAUCUUACCUGCCCUCAUAUAGGGAUACAAUAAUUUUGGGUCUAUCUUUACCAUGAAGAUAGGACUCAUUUAAGCAGUAGUGCUUUGUACUGAAUUUGUAUUGCAUUUAGGAAAAUGUAAACAAUUUCAAAUGUCAAAAUAAUUGUUUGGUUAUUGGUGAUUAGGACUGCAAAAUGAUUUUGGCCUAGCUAUUUAUAAUAGUUGUUAUUUUGUAAAGAAAAUAAAUGUUAAUCAAAUAUUCCA